CGGUGGAGGGACUCGGGUAGCGGAGUGCAUGGCGGGAGCUCUGUCCCGGCUCAAGCGCACGGAACAGCCCGCAGACGGGCACACCGACGCCAGACAAGCAUCCUAGCGAGCAGCCACUCCCUGUCCUAGAGCCCAGGAGCGCGCACUACUGCCGCCAGGGCUGGGCACCCCUUGGCAGUCAGAUCCUGGGUCCUGAGCUUACUCCGGGAGGCCGAGGAAGGGGAAGAAGUGCGCAGAUCCAGGCGCGCACUUGAACCCCGAACUCCUCCGAGGCAUCCCAGCGUGUGGCCACUCUGGGAACUUGGGUCCCCUCCGACGCUUGGGACGUCGAGGGCGGGGGCAGAGAAAUGGGGAGUGGGGAGAGGACAGUGCGAUACAGGAUGUGGGUUGAAGGUUUGUCCAGACGCCUGGUCUCCCAGGGAUUCAGUUACUAUUGGGGUAAAGCGGCAACCGAAGCCCUAUAGGGUCCCCGGAGGGAGGGAGUGAGCACCAGGCAGCCUGGGAACCGCUAUUAUUUUUUAGGUAACUUUGGCUGCGGUUCCCAGACGACGCGGGGUCUCUCUCUCCUCUUUCUCUCUCUCCCUCUCUUUCUAAACGAAGGAGCGGUCGGCGCGCUAGUGCUUAGAAGGGAGCAACUUUUCUUAAUUUCCAAUAUUGGAGACAGCCUUUAAUCAGUGCUAGACGCAGAGAAGAUUAAAAGAGGGUGAUCGGUUUUACAGGGUGAGAUGCUCUGUAUUUUUCCUGUCACGUACACUGGGAGUGCCGCAGAGCGUACUGGCUUUUUUAGGAAGAACGCUCAGAACUAGGUAGAGAACUUGGGGUCCAACGGUGGCGGGAGGAGCGGACUGGCGGAGCGGGGGAGGUGGUUCUCCAGGGCAGAGACCGAAGUUCUGCAGCGACCCCUGCCGCCGGCGAGCGGCCCACCGCCCGGAGCCGAUACUUAUGGGUGACCCCUGGACCCCAGGAUCGUGCGAUGCUCCGCUCGCGCAGAGUCGCCGCCUGGCCUGACUGCACCUGCCCGUAGGACACAGGAACACAAUGAAUGGCUGGGAGUAGAUCCCGUAGGGAAGAAUUCUGAUUAAAAUGAGCGACGCAUCGCGAUGUGGUUCAGUUAUUGCUGAAGAUUAGCGUGGAGUGGAAACGGCCCAGGAAAUGGAGGGAAGGUCCAUGGAGGGAAGCCCAUCCUUGAGACGCAUGACGGUGAUGCGGGAGAAGGGCCGGCGCCAGGCUGUCAGGGGCCCGGCCUUCAUGUUCAACAAUCGGGGGACCAGCCUCACCGCCGAGGAGGAGCGCUUCCUCGAUGCCGCGGAGUACGGCAACAUCCCAGUGGUGCGAAAGAUGCUGGAGGAGUCCAAGACGCUGAACGUCAACUGCGUGGACUAUAUGGGCCAGAACGCGCUGCAGCUGGCCGUGGGCAACGAGCAUCUGGAGGUGACCGAGCUGCUGCUCAAGAAGGAGAACCUGGCGCGCAUCGGUGACGCCCUGCUGCUCGCCAUCAGCAAAGGCUAUGUGCGCAUUGUAGAGGCCAUCCUCAACCACCCUGGCUUCGCGGCUAGCAAGCGCCUCACUCUGAGCCCCUGCGAGCAGGAGCUGCAGGAUGACGACUUCUACGCUUACGACGAGGACGGCACGCGCUUCUCGCCAGACAUCACCCCCAUCAUCCUGGCGGCGCACUGCCAGAAGUACGAAGUGGUGCACAUGCUGCUGAUGAAGGGCGCCAGGAUCGAGCGGCCGCACGACUAUUUCUGCAAGUGCGGGGACUGCACGGAGAAGCAGAGACAUGACUCCUUCAGCCACUCGCGCUCGAGGAUCAACGCCUACAAGGGGCUGGCCAGCCCGGCAUACCUCUCCUUGUCCAGCGAGGACCCGGUGCUCACGGCCCUAGAGCUCAGCAACGAGCUGGCCAAGUUGGCCAACAUAGAGAAGGAGUUCAAGAAUGACUAUCGGAAGCUCUCCAUGCAAUGCAAAGACUUUGUAGUGGGUGUGCUGGAUCUCUGCCGAGACUCAGAAGAGGUGGAAGCCAUUCUGAAUGGAGAUCUGGAAUCAGCAGAGCCUCUGGAGGUGCACAGGCACAAAGCUUCAUUAAGUCGUGUCAAACUUGCCAUUAAGUAUGAAGUCAAAAAGUUUGUGGCUCAUCCUAACUGCCAGCAGCAGCUCUUGACGAUCUGGUAUGAAAACCUCUCAGGCCUAAGGGAGCAGACGAUAGCAAUCAAGUGUCUCGUUGUGCUGGUUGUGGCCCUGGGCCUUCCAUUCCUGGCCAUCGGCUAUUGGAUCGCACCUUGUAGCAGGCUGGGGAAAAUUCUGCGAAGCCCUUUUAUGAAGUUUGUAGCACACGCAGCUUCUUUCAUUAUCUUCCUGGGCCUGCUUGUGUUCAACGCCUCAGACAGAUUCGAGGGCAUCACCACACUGCCCAAUAUCACGGUUAUUGACUAUCCCAAACAGAUCUUCAGGGUGAAAACCACCCAGUUUACAUGGACUGAAAUGCUAAUUAUGGUCUGGGUUCUUGGAAUGAUGUGGUCUGAGUGUAAGGAGCUCUGGCUGGAAGGACCUAGGGAAUACAUUUUGCAGUUGUGGAAUGUGCUCGACUUUGGGAUGCUCUCCAUCUUCAUUGCUGCUUUCACAGCCAGAUUCCUAGCUUUCCUUCAGGCAACAAAGGCACAACAGUAUGUGGACAGUUAUGUCCAAGAGAGUGACCUCAGCGAAGUGACACUCCCACCAGAGAUACAGUAUUUCACUUAUGCUAGAGAUAAAUGGCUCCCUUCUGACCCUCAGAUUAUAUCUGAAGGCCUUUAUGCCAUAGCUGUUGUGCUCAGCUUCUCUCGGAUUGCGUACAUCCUCCCUGCAAAUGAGAGCUUUGGCCCUCUGCAGAUAUCUCUUGGAAGGACUGUAAAGGACAUCUUCAAGUUCAUGGUCCUUUUUAUCAUGGUGUUUUUUGCCUUUAUGAUUGGCAUGUUCAUACUUUAUUCUUACUACCUUGGGGCUAAAGUAAAUGCUGCUUUUACCACUGUAGAAGAAAGUUUCAAGACUUUGUUUUGGUCAAUAUUUGGGUUGUCUGAAGUGACUUCCGUUGUGCUCAAAUAUGAUCACAAAUUCAUAGAAAAUAUUGGAUAUGUUCUUUAUGGAAUAUACAAUGUAACUAUGGUGGUCGUUUUACUCAACAUGCUAAUUGCUAUGAUUAAUAGCUCAUAUCAAGAAAUUGAGGAUGACAGUGAUGUAGAAUGGAAGUUUGCUCGUUCAAAACUUUGGUUAUCCUAUUUUGAUGAUGGAAAAACAUUACCUCCACCCUUCAGUCUAGUUCCUAGUCCAAAAUCAUUUGUUUAUUUCAUCAUGCGAAUUGUUAACUUUCCCAAAUGCAGAAGGAGAAGGCUUCAGAAGGAUAUAGAAAUGGGAAUGGGUAACUCAAAGUCCAGGUUUACAAAGUGCUUUGCUGUACAUUUGAACCUCAUGCAACGCUGUGAGUUAAACCUCUUCACUCAGUCUAACUCAAGAGUUUUUGAAUCACACAGUUUUAACAGCAUUCUCAAUCAGCCAACACGUUAUCAGCAGAUAAUGAAAAGACUUAUAAAGCGGUAUGUUUUGAAAGCACAAGUAGACAAAGAAAAUGAUGAAGUUAAUGAAGGUGAAUUAAAAGAAAUCAAGCAAGAUAUCUCCAGCCUUCGUUAUGAACUUCUGGAGGACAAGAGCCAAGCAACUGAGGAAUUAGCCAUUCUAAUUCAUAAACUUAGUGAGAAACUGAAUCCCAGCAUGCUGAGAUGCGAAUGAUGCAGCAACCUGGAAUUUGGCUUUGACUAUAGCACAAAUGUGGGCAAUAAUAUUUCUAAGUAUGAAAUACUUGAAAAACUAUGGUGUAAAUUUUUAGUAUUAACUACCUUUAUUAUGUGAAUCUUUAAAAGUUAGCUCUUAAUGAUUUUAUUGUUUUAUCACAUGAAAAUGCAUUUUAUUUGUCUGCCUUCACAUUACAAUGACAUACCAUUGUGUUGAAAAGCCCAGUUUUACUAUAUUAUUGAAAUUUUUAUUCAUUUUAGAGUAAAUGCCACAUCUUUGCACUACCUGUUUGCUGCCAAGAGACUAUCAGUUCCUUGGGAACAGGGACUCUGUCUUAUUAAUCUUUGUGUCUCCAGCAUCUAGUACAGUGCCUGGUACAUAGUAGGUGCUCAAUAAAUGUUGAAACCAACUGAAUUGAACUGCCAACAAAAUACAAAUAAAAAGUCCUCACUAUGUAGCAUACCUUCCCUUGUCCAAGUUCUGAAGAAAUCUUUUUUUUUAAAUAGAAACUGAAGAAAUUUUACAAUCAGCUAUGACUUGGUAAGACAUUCUUAGAAUUUUAGGUGUUACUGAGAAUCCUAGAACCAUUGAGCCCCGAGUGAAGAAUUUAACAGCAAAAUGGGUUAAUGGAAAAUAUAAUUACAUUAUAUAUUUAAGUUUCAUAGAAUUAUUUAAAACAACACAUUAAAGAGUUUUCUAAAAUAUACACUGCUUUCUGUCUUAGACUUACGUUUAUUGUUUUUCAGUAAUGUGAUUUUCUUUUAAGUUGGGGGUUACGCAGGUUUGUCAUUUUGUUAUAACUGUCUAAUUUCUGCCUCUGCUGCUUUAAUGUUAAAUGAGAUAUCAACAGCUCACUUCAUAUCUCACCCGUGAGCUCCCUUCUGAGUUUUGGUGGGUCUGCUUGUGGGAAGAAAUAGGAAAGAGCAACGACUCUAGGCAUACCUGGAAAGACAUGGCCAAGCAUCCCCAGGUGUGUUUAGGUUCUUUUUGAGGCAUUUCUUGCCAUUAUUGCUUACAGUCAUUGACAUCUUUUUUCUUAUCAAAAGAUUUCAGUUCUUUCUAUAUAAAAUUGAUUGUGAUAUAUCUAUAUAUGCCUUAUUACCUAAUUGAGCUGAGUGCUGGCAAUACCCGAAAUGCCUCUUGACUUUAAUGGGAAAAGGCAUAAAGGCCAAUAAGUUCACCAGUCACUUCACAGACUACAAAAAACUCAAAGCAUUUUUUUUUAACCAGCUAGCUUUAAAUCUCUCAUAGAAUUAUGUUUAGCAUCCUGAGUCUCUUCAGUCAUUUGCUGUCAAGUCUUAUAGGAAUAUGAAUUAUGAUCAUAGCUCAAAGAGUUUCAGAGAUCCUUAAAACCAACUAAAUACAUGCUACUUUAAAAUCAUUGCUAUCACACAGAAAAUCUUUCUAGACAUGAAGACAGAAAUAAGUGCUAAAUGGAACUACGUAAAUCUCUUUAAAGAUUAUUUCUUAAUUUCUACCUUUGGGGAGUUAAAUUUAAGAAAGGAACUUUAUAAAUUUUUGCUACCAUUGUAGAACAUUUCAUUAACUUUUGCGCCAUGCUAAUAGUAUCUUAUUUUUCAAACUUUAUGUAUUCUAUGUUGUGUCUCAGAACUGAAUAUUGAAUUUUUCCAUUGUUAUAUAUUACCAUAUGUUGUAUUAAGAUAGUAAAGAUGCAAAGUUUCUAUAAUAGACGAUACUGAUAGUUUUAUAAUAUGGUCCAGGAUUCCAAGUGUGAAAGUUUUUGCUUAUAGCUAUGGAUCUGAAUAUUUUGUAAUUUUCUUCCUUGGGGUUGGAAAAAAUGCUGAAUGAAAAAGUGGCAGAUUCAGCUGGGAACAGAGCUCCUAACAGGCAUUUUUUCUUUAUUUACUAUGUUUGUAUAAACUGGUAUAAUUUUAAUAUUCAUCUUUUUCCUUAUUCAUAAUAUCAAGGUUUUAUUUCAAAAGAAGGUGUGAUGACAGGGUAUAGUAAGUGUGGUUGAUGUUUUUGAUGCCCUGCCCAGAUGCCCUCUAUUGGGCCAGUGUACCCAUCUCCCAGAUACUUCUGUCCAGUUCCCAGCUAAUCACUUCUGUCAGAGAAUUGCCCUCAGCUAAAAAGAAGUAGCAUUACCCUGGAUGUGAUGCUUCCCCCUCCACAUGGCCUGUGACUGAUGGGUGGGGACACACACAAGGGCUGGUCCCCUGUCUCAAAGUAGGGCCAACUAUUUGGUGCGGUUCAUGAUCCAGAACUCUUGAAAGAAUUAGGCUGCUGCCAGACUCAAGCUGAGAUGGAAUCUUUGUUUAGCUUCUUCCUCUGCCUUUUCCUGUUUCCUUCCCUCUGUUUCUCCAGCGAGCAAGCCUCCAAUGAGUCACCACAUCCACAUCUUGUUAGGUUUUGCUUUUAGGGAACCCACAGUAAGACAUAAGGCAUUAAUGUGGUAGCAUACAGUUGAGAUGAGGAUUAGUUGAGCGGAUUGCUGUCAGAAUUAGUCCUUUACUUGAGGAUAAAGAUAGCUCUGGGUCAGCAAGUCCUUUCCCUACUCACUUUUAACAGGCACCUUUGGGAAAACAAAGCUCAAAGAGGUUGUUGGGGCAAAUCAGAGAAGGGAGCAUUUAAACAGGACCAAAAACAACUUUCUAGAAAAUAAAAAAAUUGAAGGAUUGUCAAA